GGGCCGGGCCGUCUCCCCGGCAUGCUGAGGCGGCCGCCCCCGUCGCCGAGCGCAGCCUCCUGGGCCCGCGGCCGCCUAUGUCGCUCCACGCUGCUGCGCCGGACUCUGUGCCCCGGCUGGGAUGUGACCGGCCCACGCUCGCCCGGUGCUGCCAACAAUGGAGGCUCAGUAUGAUGGCACUGAAGUAACUGUAGUGAUGGAGGAAAUAGAGGGCACCUACACCUAUGCAUCUCCAGUACCAUCUAAGAAGAAGAAAAAAUACAAAAGUCCUGGAGAUCAAGGGGAAAAGGCCAAAAAACCCAGAUCUGCUUACCUCCUGUACUAUUAUGAUAUAUACUUGAAAGUACAGCAGGAGCUCCCUCACCUCCCCCAAUCUGAAAUUAACAAGAAAAUCAGUGAGAGUUGGAGGUUGCUCAGUGUGGCUGAAAAAAGCUACUAUUUGGAAAAGGCCAAACUGGAGAAAGAAGGAUUGGAUCCGAACUCCAAGCUGUCCACUCUGACUGCUGUAGUUCCAGACAUUCCAGGUUUCCGUAAAAUCCUCCCUCGUUCGGAUUACAUAAUUAUCCCCAAAACCACUCUUCAGGAGGACAGGAGCAAGCAGCACCUAGAACUCUGCGUGGCACAGGGCCAAACAGCAUCUGAUGGAGUAACAGCUUCCACCAACAUCACGAGUGUUGCCCACGAUGCCAUGCAAAACAUCCUUUCUAUGGACUCGAGCCAUGUUGGCAUUUCUGAACAGUGCAUUGCCAUUGAAGGACUGGCGGAAGAGACUGCCUCAUUUGGUCAGUCAGACACUAUAGAAGAAGUAGUUGCUUCAGAAAUUCUCUCUCAUUAUGUCAGACCCAUAGCAGAUAAAAUGACUGGAGAUAUCCUCCUGGAUGAGGCUUCUUUGGAAAUAGGAGAGGGACAUCCAUAUCAGACAACUAGUGUGGUUAUUGAAGAGACUCUGGUUAGCAGCUGCAGAGACAUCUCCAAUGGGAGCAUUGCUGUGGCACAACCCCAGGUUUCUGAUGGUUUGUCUGUGGUAACAGUGGUGACCGGGAGGGACACAGAUGAGAGCAGCUCCUCCAUACCCACCACACAGUUUAUUAUGCUACCUCUCCCAGCUCACUCUGUUGUGGAGAACCCAACAUCAAUCAAACUGACAACCACUUACACCCGCAGGGGCCAUGGAAACUGCACCAAUCCUGGUUGUUCUUUUACUUAUGUCACCAGACACAAACCACCAAAGUGCCCAAAGUGCGGGAACUUCCUGGGAGGGAAAUGGAUCCCAAAGGAAAAGCAACCAAAAUGCAAAGCUGAGCAGAGUUCAGGUAUCCCCCUCAAAGCGCCAGGGGCUAAAAGAAGCCAGCAGCUCGUAGCCACAGAGAAGGCAGCUGCUCAGGAGGAUGCCACCAAGUCUACUCUGGAAAGUUCUGAAGCAGUCAGCCAGCUACUGAAUGCAGUGCCUAUUCAGGAGCAGAUACAGGACACUGAAUGGGAAGAAGUGAUCAUCUCUGAGGCUCACAUCCUUGCAAACAAUGUGCAAGACCAGGACAGAGGGAAUGCAGCAGCAGUAAUGCUGGCUAAAGAUAGCGAUGUGCAGGGCAACUCCUUAGAGCAGCCCGAGAAAGACAACAUAGGGAUAGGGUCACAGCCAUCUGCUGAGAUGACAAGUCCACUUGCCAGUCCUACUGCCACUGUAAAAAAGCCAAUGGGAAUUGAUGCUCUUGCUGCUGCACCCAAAGGACAAGAACUGAAGAGCAAACCAAAACCCAAGCCCUCUUUACUGGCUGCUGCGAGACCCAUGAGAGCAAUCCUACCUGCCCCUGCUAGCUUGGGGAGGGAAGCCCGCACAGAGCAGCUCAGCAGCCGACAGGGCUUUCCAAGUAACGAUAAGCAUUCCCCUGUGAGAGCCUCGGGCCUGAAGCCCAGUACGCUGAAGCAGUUGGGUCAGUCUGUCCUACAGACAUCUAGCAUUAGUGAGCGAAAGCUCCACAGCAGCCCAACUGGCAGGGCAUCUCAGAUGAAGGUAGUGGAGGUCAAACCAGAUGUAUUUCCCUCCUAUAAGUACAGCUGCACCGUAACUUUGGAUUUGGGAUUGGCAACAUCACGUGGCAGAGGGAAGUGUAAGAACCCCUCCUGUAGCUAUGUAUACACAAAUAGACACAAGCCGCGGAUCUGUCCCAGCUGUGGCUACAACCUCGCCAAAGAUAGAGCUGAGAAAACUGUGAAAUCCCUGGAGGUCAGCUCUGGUCUUCCUGAUGUGUUGAACACCAGUGAACCCCUAACACAGUCUCAGAAAGAAAUCCAGCGCCAAUCAACACUGCAGCUGCUGCGCAAGGUAAUGCAAAUCCCAGAGAAUGAGUCGGAACUGGCAGAGGUCUUCACACUCAUCCACGAACUCAACAGCUCACGGCUCAUCCUGUCCAACGUGAGUGAGGAGACGGUCACCAUCGAGCAGACCUCCUGGUCAAACUAUUAUGAGUCUCCAUCUACGCAGUGCCUCCUCUGUAACAGCCCUUUGUUCAAAGGGGGACAGAAUUCUCUCGCUGGUCCGCAGGAGUGCUGGUUGCUGACUGCUAACCGUUUACAGGUGGUUACUGCCCAGGUCAAAGUGUGUUUGAAUCUGCAGUGCCUGGCCCUGCAUAGCUUCACAGAUAUAUACACAGGCCUGUUCAACGUGGGUAACAAGUUGUUAGUGAGCCUGGACCUUCUGUUCACUGUCCGAAACCAUAUUAAACUUGGAGAGGAUCCCAAAGUGGCAGUUGGCAGCAUCCUGGAAUCUGUGCAGGAACAGACUGAGAAAACCCUGAGCCCCGAGGAGCUGAGUCAGCUCCAGGAGCUGCUGUGCAGUGGCUAUUGGGCCUUUGAGUGCCUCACUGUUCGGGACUACAAUGAUAUGAUCUGUGGAGUCUGUGGCAUUGCACCCAAGAUUGAGAUAGCCCAGAGGAAUGCAGAAAAUGUCCUGGCACUAAAGAACAUUGAGUUUACCUGGCCGGAGUUCUUGUCAUCCAGCGAGGUAAAUGUGGAAGAUUUCUGGUCCACGAUGGAGACAGAAGUGAUAGAGCAGGUGGCGUUCCCAUCUAGCAUCCCGAUCACCAAGUUUGAUGCCUCUAUUGUUGCCCCCUUUUUCCCACCACUGAUGAGAGGAGCUGUGGUUGUCAACACUGAGAAGGACAAGAACCUAGAUGCACAUCCAGUGCCAGGUAGUGGGAGUGCUUUGGUGAGGCUGCUUCAGGAAGAAUCCUGCAAACUGGAGCAGAUCAACUCUUAUAGUGAGGAAGAGCUGCAGUAUUUCUUGACACAGUGCAGCAUCCCCUGGGGGGCAGCAGACACGAAGGACCAGCUCUGUUACUCUCUCCUGGCUCUCUAUGACUUUGUACAGAAUGGGGCAGAUGGCAAACAACCCCCAGUCCACCACACAGGAGGCAAAAUCUACAAAGUGUGUCCACAUGAGGUGGUGUGUGGCUCAAAGUACAUUGUGAGAGGGGAAAGUGCUCGGGACCACGUGGACCUGCUAGUCUCCUCACGCCACUGGCCACCAGUCUAUGUGGUGGAUAUGGCUUCUUCGGUGGCAUUGUGUGCAGAUAUCUGCUGCCCUGACCUGACUGUUCAGAUGUGGGGGAAAAAACAGGGAUGCUUCUCUGAUCCCAUGGAGCCCCCAACGUGUGUGUCCUGCCCGGAGCUGUUAGACCAACACUACAGUGUAGAUAUGACUGUAGCUGAACACUCUGUCCAGCACCCAGUCACCAAAUCCACAGCCCGCCGAAUUGUUCACACAGGGGCAGAGCGGAACAGCCAGAGUGAUGCAACUGCUCGGCACCAUUCCAUCCUACUGUGCCAAGAGCUAGAGCCUUACAGUGCCAUCAUCACUGCCAUCAAUGACAGCAAAACCAGCAACGUCCGCCAAAGGCCCAUCAUCUUCAACAAUGCCACCCACUAUUACCUCUACAACCGCCUGAUGGAUUUCUUCACCAGCAGGGAGAUCGUGAACCGGCAGAUCCAUGAAAUCGUGCAGAGCUGUCAGCCCGGUGAAGUGGUGAUCCGGGACACGCUGUACCGACUGGGAGUGGCACAGAUCAAGACAGAAACAGAGGAGGAGGAAGAGGAGAACCAGGAAGAUGAUGGAGAGGUUGCUGAAUAAACUGCUCUCAACUGGUGGUUAGUCCCUUUCUAACCAUGCAGAUGAGCGUGCUCGGCUGCCUCAAGGUCUUGGCAGACUGGCCAGGCUUAACUGUGGGAGGUAGUUAGUUUUUGUUUUUUUAAAACAAAGAAGCUAAGAUACUGCUGACUUUGACUGCUUACACUGACCAAAGAGCCAUGUGCUUCCAGAGGAUCGUGAUUGCUGCUGUGAGCAUAAGUUCCGUUAACAUCCUUGCUUACAGGAUGGGAUUCCCUUCCAAGGUGCUUCUUGGACCCAUUGAUUUGUCGUGCAAUGUUCUGUUCUCACACAGCAGCUGGGUGGGUGAAGGUGGGGGGGGAUCAGUUUCCAGUCCCUGGGAAUGUCUGAGAUGGAAAAGCACAGGGUUGUGUUUUUUUGUUUUUGGUAUUUUUUCUUCCAUGGAUCUUGUUUGCUGACCUUGUUAAUGUCAUCAGUACAGGGAUAGGUGAGGAGGAGCAGGAAGGAAGAAAGGUGGAUGAAAAUGUCCAAGUCUCUUUCUUCCCGCCCCUCCC